GGCGAUCGGUUCUCUCGGAUCAGCUGUGAGAGCGGCGUGGCGCCGUGUGCCGCGGCUCUGACCCGCUGUCAGUUGCCCGAGCCCUGUGCUACGGUUAGGACCGUGCAAUCGUCACCUUUUAACGAGCACGAGACAAGCUUGCGUGAUCAUCAUCGAAACGACUGGGCUCUCACGGCCGCGUCGUCUAGUCCUCGUUGCGAAUCGCGUCGUUUCGUCGAUGAAGAUUGAUCACGGUCAAUCGAAACACGGUACAACUUGAAGAUCAGGAUCAAACGAACGUCGUUGAUACGUGAACUGCUCGUUGUCCACGGUCGAUUUGUAGAACGUGAGUCGGAUACACGGAUUAGCGAAAGAAACAGGCAAGAGAGAAACAGUGAUCGAUCGCGUUCCGUUUCGAUCGAUCCGUGUCGGGGCGCACCAUCUGCUUGAAAUCGUGCCCCAUGAUCGACUGGGAUUUCUAAAGAUCACGAGCCGCUCGUUGAAAGCUUGAAAUUGCGCUUCGAUCAUCCGCGAUCGUUGAUCCUUACGUUUCGAACGUGCCGACUUGAGGGAGAAAAAGAUAAAGAAAGGGAGAGGAGAUUGCCGGUUCGAACAUCGUGGUGGUUUUUGUGGUGGAAAAGUGAUUCGAGGUUAAUCAAAGAGAAGCUCGACAAAGCCAAGGGCCGCAUGCUUCGCUAACAAGUCUCAGGAUGGUCUGGUAGAGGAGGAGCCUGGUGGUUCGAUCGCGAGAAAUGGCGUGCGGAAUAUCGUUCGAAGCGACUGCCACGAGCACGGUACUUUUCCUGCUGGUACUGCUGCAGGCGGCACUGGUGUGGGACGAAGUACACGGUGCUCCAGCGAAGAGAAACGACAUACUCGCGGGCACGGAAUUUCUGUCAGUCUUCAUAAACGGCGCCAUGGCCACGCCGCCACAGCGACGUAGGGGUUUCAGACGAGGAGGACACACGUCGUCAACAGGAGAUAGCGCGACAGCGGAAUCGCAUCAGCACGAGGCUUCGAUUUACCGAAUAUCGCGAAAUCCUGGCAAUAAACAAGUCGUCCCGAGAGCGCGCAACACCAGUGGCCGAGAAGAGGUCGUUCGAUUCUACCCCAUAAGCCACAAAACGUUAGAAAAUAGGCAACAAAAUCUAGCAUCGUUAAUCGACGAAUUGAGCACCACCAGUGACAUAUCUUCGACACGGCUGGCUCCUCAAAGUUCAAUAAGUACGACGACGGUCACGUCGACGACAGCUCAAGAGAAAUCACCAUCGAGGACAAACGCAACGAGCAAUUCGACGAACAAAGCAGUCAGCCGACAGAAAGUUAUAGGUGUCAGUGUGACGUCCACCGUCGAAGCUACGCCGUACAAGGUCAGGGUGGAACAUUACGACAAUACAGAUGCGACAGUCGUAUCUCGACCGCCAAGCUCCAUCGGAAUUUCGUCUAAAGAUGUUACGAAAGAGUUGAAGAAUGGCACGACAAGGCCUCCUACAACGAGGACUAUGAGCUCCACGACUGCGAGAACAUUGACCACGACUACUACAACGACGACGACAACCACUUCUAAAUCGCCGAGAAUGACGACACCGUCGUCUUCAAGCUUCGUCACUGAGGAACUUAGUAACAUCGUAUCAGAAUCGAACAGGAGCGAAUUCUCCGUUGACGAAGGCUCGCUGAGCACCAGUUGGCGAGUUCAAAGUUCGGUUACGCCUAGAUCGAUGAACAAGCACACUCCUUCUUUCGUUGAACAUCAGAAGGAGAUAAAUAAUAAUAAUAACAACAAUACGAACAAUCCUUCAGGGGACAUGAUCACCCUGCCAACAGAGGAGAACUACGAGUUGCCGGAAGAGAACGCCGAAUCAAAGGAGUUCAGCGAAGAACCAAUGGAAGUACAGUCAGAGCGCUACCAGGCCCAAGGUCGAAAGGCAGGCAGACACUUCGACGCUUCCCACUACAAUCGUCCAGGCUCCAAGAUGUAUAGCCAGCCAUCGAAGAGCUAUAAGUCACCACGGCCGUACAGCGAGCCAGCUAAAUUGUACAGCGAAUCAGCAAAGGGCUAUAACGAACCUGAGAAAAUUUAUGGAGAACCAGCCAAGGUGUACAGCGAGCCAGCAAAGGUUUAUAGUGAACCAGCGAAGGUAUAUAGUGAACCAGCCAAGGUUUACAGCGAACCUGCAAAAGUCUAUGGUGAACCAGAAAAAGUGUACUCGGAGCCAUCGAAGGUUUACUCGGAACCAGCUAAAGUUUAUUCGGAACCAGCGAAGGUUUAUUCGCAACCUGCCCAAGUUUAUAGCGAACCUAGCAAACUUUACGACUCAGAAGGUCAACCAUUGAGUCGCGAACGUGGCGGAGAACCAGACGAGCAGAAUUACGAGGUGGAUGAAUCCGUUAGUGUGAGUAGCAAUGGAAACGUCCAUGGACCACAGAUUAUGCUUACGGAACCUUCGAACGCUUCCGAAGUGGAAGAUGGUCACAAAGUGGGUUACGUGGUCGAAGGUAGGAACUACAGGAAAUACAGGGUCGAAGAGAGAACUCCGGACGGUUUUAUCGUUGGGGAAUACGGAGUGGUGAGCCACGAUGAUGGUUCUUUGAGAGGUGUUCGCUAUACUGCGGAUGGCACCAUCAAUCCUCGACUCAUAUACGAUGCACUAAUGAAAUUCCUCGCUUUAUGAGAUGAAUCAGCGAUGGAAGGAUGGAUAGAAGUGUAACGGAGGCGAAUCGACUCAAUCGUGUCGCUUUGCUAGAAGAAUGGCGAGACGAAGCGAAAUGACUGAUCUUUGAAACUGCUAUUCCCAACUCAACUGCCUCAGAGUAAUUUUAAGCAUCGGGUUUCUUAGAAUCUAAGGAUCUUCCAUGAUUGUCUAUGGCUGGUGAUAUGGGAAUGAUAGGUGGAGUAUUUGGAUUGUUUUUUGGUGUGUUAAGGAUUGAGCAUAGAAAGACGAGUCGAAGGAGCAACAUGUUAAAUUUCGACGAAUUAAGAUCUCGAGUUUCGUAAAUUCUUAUAAACUGUGCGAGAUACUUCAUCAGAUAAAUAUUUCACUAAAUACAUCAACUAUAAAAAGAGACGUAUUUUUGCAUUAUCGGCAAUUAGAUGAUUAUAUAUGAAAAAAAUAUAUUUUUACAUAACUGACGCAAAAUGUAUUAAAAAGCAAAGGUAGAAUAAAAUAUUUCUCUUAUUUGAAGUACAUUGAAACUACAUAUGUGCUCUAGAUAUGUGUACUAUGAUGUUUCUAAGCGUUAUAUAGAAGCAUAUAUGUCCGUUGAACACAUUAUAGAAUAAUAAGGAGAUGAUUAAUAACAGGUAUUAAAUAAAGAUUAUGCUUAGAAAAUAAUUGAAGAGUGACUCAAAAAUACAUUAGUAAAAUCAUUCAUCAUUUCUUCGUAGAAAUACACGUGUAAAUUUACUAUGAGUCCUAAUUUUCUAGUUGAAAAUACACCUCUCAAACGAAAACAUAAAUCACAACUACAAGUACAUAGUACAUUAUUCACAAUUUUCUGAGCAAUUAAUACAUUUUAUUCGAUUAUGAAUGAAGAAAGUAUUUACACUACAGUAGAAUUUUAUUUAUCUAAACCAGUCGGGAAACGACCAACUCAUACAAAAUAAGAAUUUAUUGAUCCUCCCAUUAUCUUUAAUUUUUGUUCUUAUAAUAAAAAUUCGCUAAUUACAAUUGCAUUUUAAUAAAUACAGUACUACUGUAUGUUCAUAAAAAUCUUAUUAAUAGUAAGAAUAAUUUCAAUAAACCUAUCAAUAACUUGUUUCAAUAAAAAUUAUUUUUAAGAUCACCAACCGUCCAGUAACUUAUAGAGGGGAUUAUAAUAGAAUCAUAAUAGAAAAAAUAUUUAGAAAUAUUAUGUGUUUUCUAAUAUAAUAUUGUACAUAUAAAUGUAGAGCAUCUGACGUAAAUGUUACAAAUAAGAGAAAUAUUUCAAUCGAUAAACUAAAGUAUAUGUAUUUAUGAUUCAUUAUACUUGAGAUAUUAUUAUCAAAGACGCAUUGCAGAAGAUCGAGAAUUCAAUGUCAUCGCGAAAAGUACCAUUGUGAUAAAUGCAUGGUACACUAACAUAAGUUCCACGAAUAAGCAAACUACUUGGACUCGUUAGCAUGGAUAGUAAUCUUUAGUUGGUCGUCACUCCGUCGUUUCUAAGGUCUGGAAAAGGUCACAGCGAUCCUCCACUGACUUCGCGAUCGGCUCUUUCGUCAGAGAGCUUGAAAUUAUAAAGAAUACAAAGUUAAAGAUUAUUCAUCGAUGGUUAUGGGAAAAUUGAAGCGUACAAAGCGAAGAUAGAUUCUGAAUGGUUUCCCUUUAUGCAUAAAAUGAUUUGUGUUCGAAGGAUUCUAAUGGCAACUUUAUCAAGAAUUUUUCUUUUAUUACGUGACUUGUAUUUCAAAAUUUAUAGAAAUCCAACUUAGAAUUUUACAAUCUUAUUAACUUACAUCACAUCAAAAUACAUUGAUAGACAAAAAUAUUCGUACAGCUGCAGUGUAGAAAUUAAAAAGCGAUAUUUCGUAUAUUAUUAAAUAUAUUCAAACGUAUAUGACUAUGUACUAUUCACAGACAUUUACGUUAAUGAAUGUACAGAAAUAAAAGUUAAUUGCACCUAUUACUGUUCCGGUGCAUAAUAUCUAUUGCAUAUAUUAGUUGCAUAUAUAAUAUAGAAUACAAAAAAUAUUGCUCGUUUUAUCUCUACGUUCCAACUGUAUGAACAUUUUUGUUUCUCAUUGUAAUUCUAUAAUCAAUCUAUUAUGCAUAAAAUAUAAACAAAUACUUGGGUACUUUCAAAUAGUGUACAAACGAUAAAACAACGAUCCAAUCGCUGACUCGCCCAAAGCGACGCGACAAUGUCGAUAGAACGAAAACGACUGAUUCUUUCGCUCUUGCCAACGCAACUGCCUCAACGAUUAAUUUUUAAGAAUGGCCUUCCAUGAUCUCGCUGUUAGGCAUCAACAUGCGUGUAUAUCCGUACUGUCAGACGGAGACGGGAAAACGGUCGCUGGACGAUUCGAUCAGGAGCGAAACACAGGGAAUUCGAAGCCCGGCCAGUUUCGUUGCGAAACUUGACAGAUGAAAGUGACUCCUUUCGGUGGCGAAAGUACGAACUUUUGUAUGCUACCCGAUGGCCUUUGACGGUCUCGUCACGCGUCUCGAGUCGUCCGAGAAACAUUUCUUUUCCCUUUGUUCGUCUAGCGAUUAAACACGUUCUCCGCUGCCACGCGAGCAGGAGGUCCUCGAUCAUGGCGCCACGUAGUUGCGUAAAUCUUUUGUGAUCGCGUUAAUCGCAAGCGUAUGUUUCUCUCUUCCGAGAUUCGUUAAACUAGAAGGUGGUGGUGGUGAUGGAGUAACGACACGGUGUUCGGUUGUUAAGUCGACGAUAUCGCAAUAUUAAUUAUUGUUAUUGGGAAGGAUACCCUUAUUACGAUUGGAUGCUUGUAUUUCUCUUAUUUAAUUGUUUCUUUUGGUUUUACUGCGUCGCAUCUUGUUUCAGCGUUGUACGUUCGUACAAUAUUUAAAGCUGAAGAAAAGUUUCGUUUGGUUAGUGAAUUUUCAUAUUUGGUGGAGUUUAGAGGGAUUACAAUGUAAAUAAUGAUCAGUUGAGUUACUCGUAAAUGGACGAAUGAUAUUUUAUCAUUUAUGCAUGAUGUUUAAAUAAUUUUUGUUACGUCUAUUACGUUUCAUAAAAUUAUGCUAAUGAUAACUAAAUACACUUCAAAUUUUCCCAUUCAUUCCUUUUUUCCAUAACUUUAAUACCUUCCAAAUUUUUCAAUUAAUCUUUUCCUACAGAUACUGUCAGAAUCGAUAUCACAGCGGAUAUUUCGAAACAACUUUAAUAAUUUUUUAAUUUGAAAUUUUUUAUAAAUCAUCUGUAUGGAUAUGCUGCAUGUUUUUGCGUUCCAACUUUUUCUUCAAAUUCCAAAAGAUCCCAAAAUUUUUUUUCUAACCAGUCAUCGUACAAAAAUUAAUGGAAGAAAGACACAAAUCGAUUGAUUUUCCAACUAAUAUCUCGCAUUAUGUAUCUCCAUACUUUUUAAUAUAUUGAAACUAAAAGUUUAAAUCGAAAAGACCUCGCACGACACAAGUAAUGAAGUAAACGACAUCGAUCUGACAAUCCCUCGUCACCUAAAGUUUUGAAAAUAGCGACGAACGAAGCAGCGAGAUAUCCAAGAGAAUCGACUAAACAUGUAUGUCGCGUGCUUUCGUCACUGUGACGCUUCUGUGAUGAAAAAGCACAUCGAGAAGUCGCAGCUGCCAGGGCCUCCAUUUUGGAUCACUUUAAAAUCUUAAUUUCUUCGAAGGCUCCGCCGCUGCGACUGAACUGCUGACUUGUCACGGCAGCGUCUCUGCGCAAUUUUUAAGAUAUAAGUUUCUAUUAUAGAGCAAGGUAGCGUUAUUUGAGUCAGCUAAGUCUUAGCAUCAUCAAAUUCAAUUAAAAUUUUGCACAGAAUAAUCAAACUCAUUGUGAGACGCUACAUCUCAUAACUAUUAUAUAAAAUUGCCCAAAAAUUGUCAAUUCUUAUGCAGAUACAAGAUAGGAUAAAAAAUCUAAUUGGAAAUACGUAAAAUUGAACAAUUAAACUUACAGAAGUUAUUGUUUCAUUUCAUUCCAUCGUAAUCUAAGUUCAGUUUUUGUAUAAUAAGACAUCGUUUCUCCCUUUUUCAGUGAAUAUAUUCUUUUUAGCAAAGAAAGCGAUAAAUUACUGAAUCUCGAUACAAUUUCAAAUUAUCCAAUUACUUUGUCCUCCUGUCACGUUGAUAUAUAAAAACUGAAAGAUUUUGGGUGAUUUUAUAAUUAUGAGGUGUAGCGUAUUAGCUUUUAAUAUAACAACGAAAGAAUAAGAAAAUAUCGCGUACUUUAGGUCCAACAAGAAUAAGCGUCAAGAAGAAUAACUUAAAUAAUCUUAUGGUAUUUAUGGUAAUUAGAACCGAGAAUUAUUAACUAAAUUAAUUAAUUGAAAAACUUCUUAUCUUUUGAUGAGUAGGAAUUAUAUCCUCGUAGAAAAGUAUAGGCAUCAAGCUGUUACUAACAACGAAUUUAGCUUUAACAACGAAUAAAUAGCUCAAAAAUUGUUAUAACAAUAUUUAGCAAAUCAUAAAGCAAAUUGCUUAGUUUGAUUUGAAUAAUUCUAUCUUACCCUAAGUUUUGUAAGACGUUUCGACGUCAAGGAAGUAUCUCAUUCGUGGAGAAGACCGUAGAGCGUAAGACGAUAACGUUAUUUUAUUUAGGAUUAAAUAGCUCAUUCUUCCUCAUUACCUCAAUCUUUGAGAUAGUUCCUCCUGCCAUUUAAAUAACGUGUCACGCGUACUCACCUUAAAUUAUAUACACGAUCUCGAUCGUUCGCACGCACGUUCGCUCGAUACUUUUCUGAUAGCCAAGAAGAAAAGCGAAUCUCGAAGCGAUACGUGCUGAUGGAUCGUAUCGAAUCGAUGGAACUCGUUCGUUCGAAUGUUGCUCAUCCUCGUAGGCUAAGUGCGCGUUCAUAUUGUCUUUAUUUUAUAUGUAAAAGAUAAAGUAUUCCGAUAUGUUAUACACGUGAUACCGUUACGAUUAAGUACAUUCUGUCUCCCUUUUACGUUAGGCGUACGUAGUCUAAUGAUUAUUAUUAAUUAUUAUGCAUAGCGCUGUGCAACCAUUGUCAUUCGUCGAAUGCAACUUUGUAAUAAAUUCCAUUGUCAUAAUAUUUUCAUUUGUACGAUUUCUUUUCACCUUUAAAUUAUAAGAAUUACGAUUUACAACUAACGAGAUACAGCAUAUUAAAUAUCAUACGAAAAUUCUUUCCUUUUCCAUUUUUAUACGUUUUUACAUUUACUUUCUUUAGUGAUAAACACACUUUUAUUAUAAUUAGAAUAAUUUCCAAAUAAUAGGAAACCUAACUAACGGUAACUAAAAGUAGGAAAAAUACAAAUUGUAUAGCAUCAUAUGUAAAUUUUCAAUUAAAUAUACGUAUAGUAAAUAGAUUUUGCCAUUUAAAAGCAUUACUAUUCUAUCAGAGGAAUUUAAAACUUCAUGAAUAAAUUCGGGUAUCUAAAUGACUAUUAUAGAAAUAGAAACCACAUCAAUAAAUUGAAAACAAUCUUUGCAAAAAAAUAUUAUAAAAGAACAACGAUGAAAGAAAAAGAGGACGAAAACAAUAUCAGCUAAGAAAUUUACAUUUUUAUACGCCUAUUGUUAACUUCACCUCGUUCUCGUGAACUCACCAUUAUUAUCGACUGUAAGUAAAGUUCAACAAACAUCUUACAAUAUAUACAUACUACGGGUCAAGCAAGAAACUUAUAAUUUACCGUCAUGAAUACGUUAUUCUCUAACGUUUAAUCUAUAACGUUCGAUCAUAUAACUUUCACGCUGCAUUUUUAAUUGAUACAUGAACCUCGUCAGUAUCAAAGAUUUUUCCUACGAUUAUUAUAGUGAUUUUUCAAGAGAUAAUUCCUCUGCAAGGCUACCAGCCGGAAGGUUGAGGACAAUAAGCGCACUUGGCAGUUUACUGGGCUAAGAAACGAUUUAUGCGGUCAUUAUCGACACGAAGGCAAGCCGAUAAUAGUAGGGUCGAGAGAGUCGUCAGAUAUUGAGCGAUCAAUUCGCGAAAAUAAGGGGCUGUGUCUGAUCCGCGAGACGUAUACAAGCCUAAUCAUGCGGCGAUAAUUCACACUUAUGAGCUUUAAUUCUUACUCUUGGUCGAGUCGCAGGUCCACAAUUUUGUCACGACACGGGAGAAAAAUUAAUUUAAGUGUUACGAAUUAGCCAGGGGCUACGAAAUGUCGAGCUGUGAGACGUAUCAUUAAACGAAUGAAUAAAUUCAUAUACGAGACCUGCAAUGACUUACAUUAUUUUCUCGGAUUUUUUCAUGAAGUUUCUGAUUUUCGUCAUUUUUGUUGCAUUUGUAUAGUUUUACUCUUUUGUCGGUGACUAU